AUGGUCAUGGCUAUUGGCCAGGCAACUUUCCAAACACGGUUCUCAUCCGGCAUCCUCCAGGGGAUCAUUACUGCCAAGCUACACCGUCAUGCAAGGACCUUGGAGAGCUCGACAGACCGUAGGCCUGUUCCCAUCGAGCCAAACCACCUGCUGAGCUUUUACCAUCCCAUCAUCCUCGAGAAGGCGUUCGUCAAAGCAUGUCAGGAUCAGAAUUUCCCCCUCGAAGCGUCCUCACUUGCAAAUCAGGACUCUCUUCUCUCCCCGGAACAAGCCUUUCACUCGUUCGUGAACAAACUUGCCCAAGUGUGCGACAUUAAGAGAGGCGGCGAAACCGUCACUGCAUUUACGGUCCUUCGCGGGGAUGGUGGGCCCCAUUAUGUCCUUGGGUCAAACCAGAGAUGUGAAGAAGCCCUCAUCGAGACCAAGACCUUUGUGGAAUCCCUCCUGAAGCUUGCUAGCCGAGACCCGGUUAUUGUGAGGCAGCUUCAGAACUUGAGGUCCAGGACCGAGUUCACAAGAGAUGUAGUCUCAUCUCCAUCUGCGAGGGACAAGUUUUUAAGCGAUUUCGAAAAGCUCAUCAAGGCCAUCCACGCAAUCAAGAACACGGAGCUCGAGAAGGCCAUUAUUGAAAAAGCAAAGGACGGAGAACUCUCCAGGUCCCAGAGAUGGUGCGAACUCCGACACUACCUCGGGCGUCUCUUGUCCUACCGCCAAGCAGCAGAGAUAAUUAUCGCGUCUUCGAAGCGUUGGCCAGAGCUUUUCGAAUCCUUCACCAUCACCCCAAUUCCCUCAAGUCAUCCUGCACCUAGGCCAGUUUCCCAUAAGGGACUGACAGCGGCUCGGAUUGUUGAGGACAUGGUCCAGGGCGAUGAUUCUGAGCCACAUCCCUUGUUCGAGGAAAUACUGCAAAAACUGCAGAAUUUCGACCUCGACAGACUCAUCCACAAUAAGAUUCGAAGCAAGUCAUUUAGACCAAUCGUGCACGCCGAAGUGCUCGUCCACCAUCAUCUCCUUGAUGAAGGCAUCUCGCACCCCGCACUAUAUUGGAACCAAUGGAAAUAUAUUGGUAGCAGCAAGGCUACCUGCCGCCUCUGCUCCCAUUAUUUCAAUGCCCACCAGGACCGGGUUGACGUGCGGCCUGGUCAUAGAAACCUAUACCCAUCUUGGAGGCUCCCCGACGUGUACCAGGAUCAGGGUGAUGAUGCGGCUUCGAGACGCCUCGACCUACUUCUGAAAUUAACAGAAGAUGUGAAAAAUGAUGCACGAUGGACAAUCGAGCACAAAAUCCUCCUGGGAAAAAAGUAUGACACGAAUACCUAUUCAGCAAAUCCUGAGUACCUCAUGUAUAACUCAGGGGAUGAGGACGCAAUGUCUGACUCGGAACUGGACUCUGGUACUUCUCAGUCAAGCGGCCUUGAUGAGUGUGUAUCGGUCCUUCCUCCGGAGGCUCGGCACUCGAAGUCUGUUGAUGUUAGGGAUGAGGAUUCGUGCGACGAAGACGGCGGCGUGCCCCUCUGGGACACAAAGGAGUCUCCAUCAUGGUCGCUCACCAAUCCUCCCGCGUUGCUUCGAGUUCAUGUUUGA